AGGAAAUGGAAGUGAGGAGGGGAAAGUUGAAUAUAAAAGAAGAUAUAAUUUAUAAGAUUUACAGUUAUUUUGAUAUAUAUGACCUGGCAAGAUUUCAGAGGAUAAGUAAAAGAUGGAGGAUGUAUUUGUAUGAAAUUCCAAUGCCUAUUUUUGAAAAUAUAAGUAUUGAUUUCACACAAAGUUUGACAUUUUAUAACCAGAAUCGCUUGAAAAGAUAUCUUCUUGACCAAAAUCCAGGAAUGGAAGACAUUAUCAAUGAAUAUAAUGACAAUAUUGACAAUGAUGUAACAGAAGAUGGAUUUGAAAUUGGACCAAAAUGGAGAGGAGCUCAGCUACAUCUUCUUUCAGAACAAAUCUAUCAACAAGUUCACUUUAUAAUUGAAAUAGCAAGCAAAAAGCAGAUUAUUAAGUCUAUCAGCCUCAACUUCAAUAAUACUGAUAUAUGAGAUGAUGACUAUAUUUUCUCUACAGCUAUAAAAUGAAUCAGAUACUUCCUCAUAGCAGUUGGAAAUAUCUGAAAAACAGUCGAAAAGCUAGAAGUAACCUUCCUUCGUUCGAACAGGAAUGAGAAGAAUGAGCUUUAUGCUGAUGAGAUUAAGACCUUCCUUGAAGCAAUUGGUGAAUCUGACACACUAAAAGACUCAAUGAAGGUGUUAAAGUUCGAUUCCUAUUGCACAGAGAUCAUGAUAGGACUUAUAGCAGGCUUCUAUAAUCUUGAAGAACUCAAAAUAUCAGACUGCAUAUUCCUUGAGGGAGAGUACUUCCCAAUAGUCAAGACAAAUUGAUUAAAGAAGCUCAAUUUGAGCGGAAGUCACCAAGUCGAAUCUAGUCAUAUCCAAAUGCUUGUGGAGAAUAACUCAGAGACCCUCAGAAGUGUUAAACUUGAUGGAGAAGGUAUGGACGGAGAAGAACUCACUGAAAUUAUUGAAAAACUGAAUAUCCUAGAAGAACUAUGCAUUUAUUAUGGAAACUCAGCUAGCUCAGAACUUCUCAAAGUGCUCUUGAAACAUAAUCAAACACUUGAAAAAUUGGUAAUUAGAAAGAACGAUAAUUUCUUAGAACAAGAUCUCUUGUUCUUUUUUUAAUAACCAAUUUCCAGUUUUGCAUACACUAAUCCUAGAUGAGUGCACACAUCUAGACACAGAAUGAGUAAAAUAAGAUUGCUGUGAACUGAACUGUUCUGAAAUCCUACAGCUCAGAAUGGUGUGUAAAGAUAGAUUCUACAGCCAUCGAGCACCUCUUGCUCAACUGCUGAAACCUCGAAAAGAUAAGCUUAUCAGGUAUAAAGACUAUCAACGACUCUGUUUUCUCUAAAUUGUUCGAAAUCAACGAGACUAGACUCUCUCAAGACGAAGAAAUCUUUCCUCUAAAAUUGUUUGAGAUAAAUUUUAAGAUGUGUAAUUACCUAUCCAAGCCUGUGCUGCAACAGAUGAAGGAAUACUACCCUGCUUGUACUGUGAUCGAUUACUAUGGCGAGGAAAUAACAAAGCCUAGAAAUGGAUUCACUGAUUACCGCUCAGAUUUGUAAAAACCAUAUUGCUGUGAAGGAAUGGUGAAGUUUUACUGAAAAUUAGACAAAUGCUAUUAAUCUAUAUCCUUGAUUCUUAAGUUGCGGUUCUUAAAUAAAUGCUUUCAAUCUG